CGUAAACGUUUAUUACCAAAUGUUAUGCCGAACCAGAAAAACUUAAGGACAAUGUUUUUUUUGGGUUUUCAAUGUAAUCUUUUUCAUCUCGCCUCUCUUCCUUUACUUACUGUUGCUCAUCAGCUAUUUAUGACUUCAUCUUCCUUCCUCUUCUCUCCCUUUCUCUGCUCAUUUCCAUCAUCUUCAAACAUCGUCUGGAAUGUUUACGUUCUCUUGCAAGCUCCAAGUUGACUAAAAUGUUUACAUCUUCAUCUUCUUCUUCAUCUUCCUUCCUUUCUGUCUCCCUUUUUUUCUCUGUUCAUUUUCUUCAUCUUUAAACAUCGUCUGUUUAAGCCUUCUUCUUAGGUCUUGUUAGGAGUUUAGUCUUCUUCUCUUCUUUUCUUCUUCUCCUUUUUUCUUCUCUUUCUUCGGCAGUAGAAGAAAAAUUAUCAAGUGUAACAAAAGUGCAAAUAUCAUGCCACUGUCGAUUAAUUGUGUAUUGAUUUAUCAAUUAAUCAUUGUCUCAACAUUAGUGGUAAAUAUUUUGUGUCAACCAUCGUAUUAUAAUGACCCACUCAAUCCAUUUCCAUCUUUAAAUGCUGCUCAAAGAUCAUGUUAUGAUGAACAAGGGAAAGCUCGUCGUUGUGUGCCACCCUUUGAAAAUGCUGCUUACUUAAGGCCGGUUGAAGCAACAAACACUUGUGGUGAAAAGUAUCCUUACUUGACAACUUAUUGUGUUCAAACACCCAACCGUGAAGAUCGAGUGCGAACUUGUGAUGGCAAGUGUCGCCGGGGAGAUCACACAGUUCAAUAUAUCAAUGAUUUUCAUGAUAAUGCAACCCAAAGUUGGUGGCAAAGUGAAACAAUGUAUGAUGGAAUUGAAUAUCCUAAAACCGUUAAUAUAACUCUUCACUUGGGAAAAUCUUAUGAUGUCACUUAUAUUCGUUUAUUAUUCAAUUCACCUCGACCUGAAAGUUUGGCCAUUUAUAAACGUGAAGAUGAAAAAAGUGAUUGGACUCCAUUUCAAUAUUUCAGUGGAAACUGUUUAGAUACAUUCAAUGUGUCUGAGUCUCGUGAAGUUCCUGAUUCACAGCCAGAUAAAGUUUUAUGUUCAAAAGAGUUUUCAGAUAUUUCUCCUCUAUCAGGUGGAAAUGUUAUAUUCAGUACGCUAGAGAAUAGGCCAAGUAAUAAAAGAUAUGAUCAAAAUGCUGAACUACAGAAAUUUGUUGCCGCAACGGAUAUUAAAGUUGUUCUGGUUCGACAUAAUACAUUUGGUGAUGAAGUUUUCCGUGACCCACAAGUACUUAAAACAUAUUAUUAUGCCAUAUCCGAUUUAUCUGUUGGUGGAAGAUGUAAAUGCAAUGGACAUGCCGAUGAGUGUAAAACACAGGAUCCAAAUGAUCCUUACAGUCAAUUGAUGUGCGUUUGUCAACACAAUACAACUGGAAUAAACUGUGAAAAAUGUUUGCCUUUGUACAAUGACCAAGAGUGGGGAGUGGCGACGUUUGAAGAUGCACAUGAAUGUCAACCAUGUAAUUGUAAUGGACGAGCUGUUGAAUGUGUUUUUGAUCCUGAGUUAUUGGCUGAAACUGGAAAUGGUGGUCGAUGUAUCAAUUGUACUGGUAAUACUGCUGGGCCUAACUGUGAAAGAUGUCAAGAAGGUUACUAUGAAAACAAUUUUGGACGAUGUGUUGCUUGUAAUUGUGAUAAAACCGGAUCUGUAAACACUCAAUGUAGCAGAGAUGGUCAAUGUAUUUGUAGACCUGGAGUCGCUGGUGAUAAAUGUGAUCGAUGUGCUGAUAAUUAUUAUGAUUUCUCUGCACAGGGUUGCAAGCCAUGUGAUUGUAAUGUACCUGGAAGUCUUAAUAAUACUGCUCAAUGUCAUCCAAUUACUGGUGAAUGUUUGUGCAAACAAAACGUUGAGGGACGAACCUGUGAAAAGUGUAAACCUGGAUACUUUAACCUGGAAGGAACCAAUGAAUUUGGAUGUUUGUCAUGUUUCUGUUUUGGUCAUUCGUCUGUUUGUGAAUCAGCUGAAGACUAUUCAGGUCAUACCAUAGAAUCGCUCUUCUACAAAGAUUCUGAAAAAUGGACUGCAAUUGAUGUAUCAGGACGUCAAGUCAAUAUAAUACAUAAUGCUUCUGAUCACAGUAUUGGAGUGAAAGCUGGUUAUGGAUUGGAUUCAAUCUAUUUAAUUGCUCCUCAUGUAUUUUUAGGAGAUCAAAGAUUCUCAUAUAAUCAAAAUUUAAAAUUCAAUUUAUGGAUAAGUGAUGAUUCUCCAGCUUCCCAAUUUGCUGAUAUAAUUAUUGAAGGAGCCGGGUUAACUUUAGCUCAACCAAUUCAUGGACAAGGGAAUAAACUUCCCAAUCGUAAUUCCCAAUCCUAUUCAUUUAGAUUACAUGAAGAUGGUCAAUUUGGUUGGAGUCCACGUUUAUCUGGAAAAGAUUUUAUAAGUGUUUUAGCCAAUUUAACAGCUAUUAAAAUACGAGUUGUGUACAGCUAUGGUGGAUCAGGUUAUGUCGAUGAAAUUGGACUGGAAUCUGCUCAACGUGGCUCUUAUGGUAAAUCAGCUUCAUGGGUUGAAAGGUGUGAAUGUCCAGCAGGUUAUGAUGGACAAUUUUGUGAAUCGUGUAAAACUGGAUACAGACAUGAUCCACCGAGUGGAGGAAGUUUUGCCAUCUGUUUACCGUGUCAAUGUAAUGGUUAUGCUGAUUUUUGUGAUCCCUAUACAGGCAAAUGUAUGUGUACCAACAACACUGGAGGUAUUAAUUGUGAAUCUUGUGCUAGGGGUUACUACGGAAAUCCAUUAGAUGGGACUGGAUGUACUCCUUGUCCAUGUCAUCGUAAUGCUGGAGCUUGCAUUGUUUUACCAGACGAGAGUAUCGCCUGUCUGGAAUGUCCACAAGGAUACGGAGGAGCACUCUGUGAAUCUUGUAUUGAUGGUUACUUUGGCGACCCAAUAAGAAAUAUUUCUUGUAAAAGAUGCGAUUGCAGUGGAAAUAUCGAUGAGAAUGCUGUUGGUAAUUGUGAUCAUGAAACUGGAAAAUGUUUGAAAUGCAUCCACAAUACUGGAGGAGAUCGCUGUGAAAGAUGUCUUCCUGGAUUCUUUGGAGACGCAUUAAGUUAUCCUAAAGGGGAUUGUAAAUCGUGUGGAUGUCAUAAAACAGGAACUUUGAUGGUUAAAGAUGAAAGUGGAAAGGAUUUGGCUCUAUGUGAUGCUCAAGGUGGACAAUGUGAAUGUAAACCAAAUGUUAUGGGAAGACAAUGUGACCAAUGUAUCGAAGGAUAUUGGGAUAUUUCAGGGGAAAAUGGAUGUAAAUCUUGUAAUUGUAACAUAAUUGGAUCAUUUAAUAGGACUUGUGAUCAAUUCACUGGUAAAUGUUAUUGUCGACCUGGAAUCAUGGGAACUAAAUGUGACCAAUGUGAACCUUAUCAUUAUGGAUUCUCCGAGAAAGGUUGCCAAAAAUGUGAUUGUGAUCGAACUGGAUCAAAGUCCUUACAAUGUCGAGAAAAUGGUCAAUGUGAAUGUUUAGCCAAUGUGGAAGGACGAAGAUGUGAAAGAUGCCGAGAAAACAAAUUCAACCGAACAGCAGGAUGUAUUGAUUGUCCAGCUUGUUAUGGAUUGAUUCAAGACUCUGUCAAUGGACAUCGAAGUAAACUCAAUCAAUUGCGUUUAUUAUUGGAAGAGAUUCAAAACAGUCCAGCAGAAGUCGAAGAUAAAAAGUUUGAAACUCAAUUACAAGAGUUGAUCGAAAGAACUGAAAAAUUAGUAUUGGAUGCUCGACGAAUGGGCUCAGAUGGACGUAACCUUGUCGGAUCAUUAUCCACACUUCGCAAUCGUUUAGGUCGAGUUAAGGAGUUAACUGCAUUGGUUGACGGCAGAAUGGAAGGAUUGAAUAACUUGAUUAAUUUUGGAAAACAAAAUAUGACUUUGACCGAGAAUAUAAUAGACCGAGCUGAAUCAAUAUUGAGUGAUGCUAAAAAGAUGUUUGAGUCAGAAGGAAGACCAGCCUUGGAACGAGCUCGAGAUAGAUUUAGAAGAUAUGGACAACAAUCGAGUAAAAUGUCUGAAAUUUCAUUGGAUGCUAUGAGAAUAUCUAAUGCGGUUGUAGAAAAUGCUGACAGUAUUGAUAGAUUGUCUCGAGAAGCAUUAAAUAAUUCUGAAGAAGCUCAACGAUUGGUUAUGAAAGCAAUGGAAAUGCAUUCAAGUAAUCGAGAGGAGAUUCGAGUUAUCCAAAAACAGUUGGUUGAUAUAAAUGAUUUAUUGGAAAGAACUCGUAAAAUGGCUGAAGAAGCUAAAAAAGAAGCUGAUCGAGCUGCUAAAGAUUCAUUACAAUUAUUAACUGAAGCUGGUUCAUUGAGCAUUCCAAAUGUAAAUGCUGCUGCCAUGAAACAAGAUGCUAAGGAAUUGGUUGAACAAGCUCGUCGUAUAAUGAAAGAAGCUGAUUCAUUAUUAUCUCGUUAUGAGAAUGUACUGAAUGGAACUCAAAUUCAAAUGGAAGAUGUUCGUGCGUUAUUGAAGGAAGCAGAAAGACAACAAAAUAUCGCUUCCAAUUUAUUGAGUGAAGUUGAUUUAGCCCAUAAGACAGCAGAGAAAGCAGCUGAAGCAGCAAAUUCAACCUUAACUGAAGCCACUGGUACUUUAGAGACACUUCGUCGAUUCGAUGAAUCAGUCCAAGAAAGUCGUGGUCGAGCUCAAGAAGCAUUGAAACGUGUUCCUCAAAUUGAAAAAUUGAUCAAUGAAGGUACAAGUAAAACACGAGAAGCAUAUGAUGCACUGACUGGUGCUUAUAAUGAUGCCAUUAAUGCUAAAAGCAUUGCCAUUGAAGCUCGAGAUAUCGCUAAUAAUGCUUCAUCUGAUGCCAAUGAUAUUCGUGGUGAAGCUGGUAAAACAAAGGAAAGAGCUGAACGAAUGAAAGGAGAAGUCGAAUCAUUGAACAGAGCAUUGGGUGAAACAGAAGGAAGAUUAAACUCUUAUGCUGAUCAAACCUUCAAUGAUGAAAAAUUAGCUUUGGAAGCUUUAGAACGAGCUAAUCAAGCAAAAACCAGUGCAUCUGAAGCUAAAAAUAAAGUCUCUGGUGCUUUGGAUACAGUUAAUUUAAUAAUCAAAACAUUGGAUGGUCUUGAUUCAGUUGAUGGUGGAAAUAUGCAAGAUUUAGAAUUAAAAUUACGUGAAGCUGAAAAGGAAUUAUUAGCUUCUGAUUUAAAUAAUCGAACAGAUGAACUGAGAAAAUCUCGAGAUGAUUUAUCCGGAAUGUUGACCAAUUAUCGGGAAGAGCUUGAACUAUUGAGAGUUGAUGUACUUAAUAUUCGAGAUAUUGCUUAUACAAUUCCAUCAGAAUGUCUAAGACGAUCUAAACUCGAACCAUAAUCUUCAAACAUGAUAAUCAUUUGAUCACAAUUUUUCAUCCAUCAAUUUAACUUUUUUUAUUCAAUAAUGACAAUAUACGAUAAAUAAAAAAGUAUGUAAAUAAUGAUAGCCCAUUUAACGCUUAAGAUUAAAAUAAUAGACUGACAGUAGCAAUCAAAAUAAUAAAACUAUUGAUAAUAAUAUCUAUAUCAAAUUUCAUGUUAUUGGAUGGACAUACUGCUUGAUACACUUCACCUGGACCCGAUGAAAUUAAAAAACCUAGCUUUUGCAAUAAAUCAAACUAAAACCGUCCAAUUCUUUAUUAUAUACUUAAGGCUAUUCUUUUAAAAUUAUGAUUUCCUUAAAAUCAAUUGUAAUCACACCAAAGAUGAAUAAACUUUUCAAUAAAGAUAAAGAUGCUACUGAAGCCGUCUGUAUAUUUCCAACGCACUUCAGAUUAAGGAAAAAACCAUCUUGAAAAGCUAACAAAAAGCAAGCCACUCCAUAAAAUAUCAUCUCACAUUUUAUCAUUUUUAGCAUCGAAAUAAAAUUCUGUUCAAAAAUAUCUU